AUGAAUGCAGCAAUCUAUCCUAUCUAUCGGCGUCUCCAUCACGUAACUCAAAACGACAUGAUUGUAAAUAUAGCAGAGAAAAAGAGAUCACUGCUUUCUUCCUCACAGCAAUGGACUCUCUGCUCAAUGUCUUUUAGAAAAGAAUGGUUGCCUGUUUCUAUUGCGAUUCAGUUUGAAGUGAUUAGAAUUAUCUAUCGCUGUUCAUAUCUAUCUAUUUAUCUAUAUAUUCUAUCUGCCCAUAUCUAUCGAUUUAAUAUCUAUCUAUCUAUCUAUCUAUCGGUAUCUAUCUAUAUCUGUUCCCAUCUAACAAUAUGCUCCUAUCUAUAUAUUUAUAUCUGUAUAUUCUAUCUAUAUCUGUUCAUAUCCAUCUAUUAUAUCAUAUCUAUCGAUAUCUGUUCAUAUCUAUACCAUUAUCUAUAUAGCUGUUCAUAUCUAUCAUUAUCUAUAUGUUCAUAUCUAACAUAUCCAUCGAUAUGUGUACAUAUCUAUAUGUUAAUAUCUGUCAUAUCUAUGCAUAUCUAUCUAUCUAUCUAUCUAUAUAUUUUUCACAUCUAUCUGUCCUAUAUCAGUCAAUAUCUAUAUACCUACCUACCUAUCCAUAUCUGUUCAUAUCUCUGUCUUCGUAUCUAUCAGAUCAUAUCUGUAUCCCUUCAUAUCUAUCUAUAUUUAUUCAUAUCUAUCAAUCCGUUAAUAUAUCUCUAUCUAUAUCUCUUCAUAUCUAACCAUAGUGCCCUUCGCCGUAUUUCUUUCGUUCGUGCAAGCGUAUCGUUCGGAUUUUUUUUCUAUUUUAGUGACUCAUCAAUAAAACUAUCUUUUGAAAUAUAUUGCAAUCGCAUCAUUAUUUUUUACAAUUUAUUUCUGUCCCUUUUCUUCCGUUUUAUCUUUAAUUUUUCUUUGCCGCUUAUUUUUUCUGUACAUCUUCUCUUCCCCCUUGAUCAAUUCUUAUGGACAGUCUCAUUAUCUUUGUCGCUUUCUUUCUCUUUAUUAUUUCGUACAUUUCUUUUCCCUUCUGUUUUCAAUUCUGUUCUUUCAAAUAUUUAA